UUAGUAUUUUUGCGUCACUCAAUUUCCAAUUUUCUUGCUUGUAGGUUGUGCUAAUCGGCUAGCUAAGGACAAAUCGGACGCCAUUUUGUCCUACGCCUGGAUUGCAACAUUUUGAUUAUUAGUGUAUAUAACAAUUUUGAAUCAAUUAAAUUAAAUUAACAUAAUUUUAAAAACAACAACUGUUCGAUAAUAAAUAUAUCAGGAUACUUAACAUUUUUUUCAAAUACUGUAGGCACUGUUGUGAUAAGACAUUUUAUUAUUUGUGAAGGAUUAUGUAUCUAGAAACUAAGAUUUAUGUAUGUGUUUUCGUAAAAUGUAUUCCACGAGUACAGGAUUACAUAAAUCUUUAAAAGUACGCCGCCAUUUUAUAUCACGAAUGUCAUGCGUGGCGCGUGAUUGCUACACGUCAUCGUUGCCCAUGUUGUAAAGAGCAGAAAUAAAAUUAGCAUCAUGCCGCGGAUUUGUCCGAUGCAAUUAUUGAACUGCCUCAGCGUUCUCCUCUCACCAAAAGGCGGUAUCAAAAGCAAAGACGAAGUGCAGAGGCUUGCAAGUUUAAUGACCAAAUUCUCAAAGAAACUAGUGUCUAAAUGUAUAUACAUACAAAUUUUAAAGUGUACUGAGACUGAACUACUGGGACUAUUUAUGGGUUCUGGUGGUUGGCGAUUGGUACACAUGUGGCUAACAGAAAGCAUCGUCGCCAAAAAUUGGCCUCUUGUCAGAGAGCUUUUAGAGCUUUUGCUGCUUUGUCCUGUUGACAUUGAAAGACUGAAAACAAAUAAUUGCCCUAAGCUUGUCAAGGAAUUAUCCAAGGAUGGAAAUCACUAUGCUAUCAGGGCAUUGGCUUCGAAAUUGGUAGAGCAGUGGUUGAAAACUGUUAAAGGUGAACAUGUUGUGCCUAUUUUACUCACUGAUAUAACACAUAUAAUAUCAGAUGCACAAACAGAAAUUGAACCUAAAGAAAAAAAUGAAAUUUUAACGGAAACCGAACAAAUUGAAUGUGAAAUUAACGGCGAUAAUUCUUUAAAAACUGGGGGUUCGUCACCUGAGUUAUCGACUCAAGACAAUAAUGAUAUUAUUGAUACGGCUAAAGACACUGAAAAGGAGCCUGAAACGCUUCCUGUUUUAAAAAUAACUCUAAAAAAUGGCAAACAAAUAAUAUCUCAAGUAGAUGAAGAUAGUGUAGCGUCGGAUGAUGUUUCUGACAAGGAUAAAAUAAGAGAUAAACAUAGGAGUAGAAGUAAAGAAAAGUCUAGUGAUAAAAGUAGUAGUAGUUCAAGAUCUAGUUCUUCUAAACAUUCAAGUAAAUCUUCGAGUGAUAAAUAUAAAAGUAGCCAUAGAAGUAGUUCUAAUAAACAUAGUACUAAGGAAAGAUCGAAAGAUAAAGAAAAGCAUUCAUCACACAGUUCAAAAUCAAAACACAACUCGAGUAGUGGAAGCAGUAGUAGCAGUAGAAAGAGCAGUUCCUCUAGUAGGUCUAAAGAUGAUAAAACAAAACAUAGUUCUGAAAAGGAAAAAUCCAAAGAUAAAGACGAUAAAGGUAAAGAGUCGCCUAAUCCAUCCACAGAAAAAUCUGAUGAUAAACCAUCCAUACAUAAACUAGGAAAAAUACCUAAAUUAAGUGAUGUGAAGAGAGAAAAACCAUCUAUUUCGAUAGAAGUACGAAAACCUGAUGAUCCAAAGCCAAAAACUGUUAAAACUUUCCAUUCAAAGUUUAGAAAACAUGGGCUGGAGGAAGAAGUGAAACCUCCGCCUUCGCGCGCUGCGCUACUCAACAAGAAGCCCCCUCCCACGUUACCCCCUACCAUACCGGUACCCAAGAGGUCUUCGCCAGUUCACAACGAUACUCCGCCUGAAAAGAAACUUAAAACCGUUGACAUCGUAGAAAAACCAGGAGCUAUAAAAUUAAUUCCACCCAAACCGAAGCCUAUGAUGUUGCUCGAGAGUGAUAUGUUCAUGGAUGCACUAAAUGCCUCGGCAACAAACAAAAAAGAACCUAAGAAAAGGAAACGACGUACCAGCGGAUCCAAAGAUGGUAACGCGCCAAAUGAUUCAUCUCCACCUCAUACUCCGACGACUGUCGCUAGUCCUAACAGUGAAAGCAAAUCAGUACCCCCAAGAUUCUAUCAAGAUACUCUGGACACGGAAGAAAGCAGUAAAGCAUCACCAGAGAAAAGUACCGAUAAUAAUGAAGAAGCCGAUCUCGAUCAAGAAAUCGAAAAUAAUAAAGAGGAAAAAAUGGAUGUUUCGGAACCCCAUACACAUACAGUCAACGGCUUGAAAGGUGUCCUUUGUUACCAUAAAAGAAAAGGUCCUAAGAAAAGCAUAAGAUGGCGACCGGAUUCGGAAUUAGAGGAAAUACAAUACUUUGAACUGGAUGAAACAGAACGUGUUAACGUUACAAAAACAUUUACAGACAUGAAAUAUUUAGAAAGAAUUCACGAAAGAGAAGCUUUUCAGAAGGGACGCAAUCUCAGUAAUGAUGAUGUAAUGGAAGAAAAAACAAGUUGGAAAUCAUUAAUUUCCAUUGACUUAGAUGGUCAAAUACAAGUUGAAUAUGGUAAAAAUAGCAAAGAGAAAGAUAUACAGGCUAUUCGGCAGAAAGGUACAUUGCAACCUCUUUACUUCCAUAAAUCAAUGAUUCCCGACUCACCGCAUGAACCCGAUGUAGAAACUCACACAUACUCUGAACCAGCAGUUAUACCAUUAGACGAUGUUACUGGCAAUCAAGACAACAUAAGUGAUUUUCGCAAUAUGCCAUGGCCUGAACCGAAGGGUAAUGCCCCGCCUUCAUCAAACACCAACAUAAAUGUACCUACAAUGUUUCCACAAAAUAUGCCGCAAUUUCCUUCAAAUUUCCCUGGCACGCAGUUCCCAGGCGUGCCACCAGGGUUUCAAGGUGCGCCCAUGGUUCCUACUGAUUGGCCAAAUGCAGUAGCACCAAAUAUGAUGCCAAAUGGAAUUCCCGGACCGAUGGCGCCUACUGGUCUUCCACCAGGACCUAUUCCCCCAGGAAAUAUGCCUCCCGGAAUGAUGAUGCCCCCAGAAAACAUGAUGAUGGGUCCGGAAAUGUUUGGUGCGCCUAAUCCCCUUUACCCAGUGCCACCUGAAGGAUUUAAUAUGCAGCAAAACAUGUUUCCCAUGGACUUUAAUAUGGCAGGACCACAGGUAGCUCCAGGACCAGAUGGUUUUAACGGCCCUGGUAAUUUCCGUGGCGCUAUGCGAGGUCGGGGUGGAGGUUGGAGGGGUAAAGGUGGAGGAAAUUGGGAAGGACCUCCGAGAGGUCGUGGGGGCCAUGCGCGGGGUAAUAGAAAAGUUGUAUGUAUGUAUUUCCAGAGAAAGGGUUCGUGUAGGCAAGGCGACAAUUGUACUUUCCUUCAUCCCGGUGUUAAUUGUCCUUUCUAAUUUCUAGAGCUUAUGAAUAUGCAAUAAUGUGUACAAAAUUAUAGGUACAUUUUAAUAAGAUUUAAUUUAACGACCAGGCCGGUCCAAAAAAGACUGCUAAUGUAAAUUUGUAAAUAAUUAAUGUAAAUAUUGUGUUAAAAACUUUUUACGAACUUGGUGCAAGUAAUAAAAA